AUGAACCAAGUGAGGAAUAUGCUCGCCUUCAACACUGAGACCCCUUACUCUAUGGGUACUUCCGCAACGUUGCGGGGAAAGGACUUCUUCCGCCCCGAGUCCCUGGUCUUGUCCCCAGGCGAAGUAGUUCCAACCCCUUGUCCUCAUCAACCACAAACCAGGUUGGGACGCGGGACGUCCUUCGUCAACUCGCCAACUGGUGUAGGAUCAAACCAACCUCAACUAACCCAACCUCACCCUCGUCGACCCAAGUCAUCGUCGUCGUCGUCGUCGUCGUCGUUGUACGUAACCACACCUGCUGCUCUUAUUCUCCGGCAAGCCAUCGUCGUUUUGAUUCCCUUCGUUUCUCUUCCUUCCUUCGUCCUCUCUUUUCCAUCGUCUCCUGACCUCUCAAUCCAGUCUUGCUCCCCUGCUGUUGUCAUAUCAUUCAUUCUUCGGUUGUUGGACCGCUGGCAACACGCCAUCCUCUUUCCGACUUUCUCCGCCGUUGCCGUCGUGGCCAAUCUCGCCCUCUGGAUACCUAGGGAAAGAAUGAGGAGCUAG